GGGGGUGUUUAAAAAAAAAAGGAAAGGGUGUCGCUGUUUUUUUUCCUUCCUGGGGUGGCAAAGGGGGGGCAGGAAGGAGAGAAAAUUCUCUUUCCACCCAGACGAUGGAGAAGACCAUUUGCAACUCGUCCCACAGCAAAGAGGAGAUCCAGCCCCUCCGCUAUUUAAGCAGAGCAGAAGCCUUGGCGAUCGAUAAAGAGCUCCUGGAGGAGUUUAGGUUCGGACAGCAGCAGCUGAUUGAGAUCUGGGGUCACGCUUGUGCCAUGGCAGUCACCAAGGUUUUCCCUCGGAGGUCUUUGCCGAGGAAGCAGCCGACGUUGCUGGUGGUCUGCGGAUGCGAACAGAAUGGGGCGGUUGGUCUGGCGUGCGCCCGUCACCUGCGUGUCUUUGAAUACGAGCCCACCAUUUUCUACCCAAAGAGGUCUUCGAAUCCUCUCUUCAGGGAUUUCACCACCCAGUGCGAAAAGAUGGACAUCCCCUUUCUUUCCUAUCUGCCAGCAGAGACUCAGCUGAUCAGCGACGCUUACAACCUGGUGAUCGACGCCUUGCUCGGAGUGGAGGCCACGCCGGGCGAGUUGCCGGAGCCGUUCGGUACGAUCCUGGCCACCCUCAAGCAAAUCCGGAUCCCUCUCGUCAGCCUGGAUGUCCCCUCUGGCUGGGAUGUGGAGACGGGCGCCUCCGACGGCAUCAGUCCCGACGUCCUCGUCUCCCUGGCCGCCCCCAAACAGUGCGCCACCCGGUUUGUGGGCAAGCACCACCUGGUGGCCGGCCGCUUCCUCCCUUACGACGUGCAGAAAAAGUUCGAACUGAAUUUCCCCGAGUACCCCGGCACAGACGACGUGGUUUCUCUUUAAGGAAAAAGCCGCACCGGAGGGGCCUUGCAGUUCUUUUCCCGCAUCGCGUCCCCACAAAAGAGCCCCAUUUGCUUCUCCCGAAUGGCGAGAGGUUGGGCGAAGAACCUGAGGGCGAAUUCUGCGCCUAGACGUCUGGAAAUGCACAAACCGUAGCUUGUGGGGCAGGCGAGACGUGGGGGCUAUAGGGUGCCGUUUGAGCAUAAUCUGAGAGUCCAGCGAUUCUGCCUGCUCCCGAUCUGAAAAGGAGCCUUCCCAGCUCCUCUUUAGGUCAAGGAUUAAGGAUUGGGAAUACAGUGGUACCUUGCUUCUCAAACUUAAUCCGUUCCGGAAAUUCCAUUCCAAAACCAAAGCGUUCCAAAACCAAGGCGUGCUGCUUUCCCAUAGAAAGUAAUACAGAACGGAUUAAUCCAUUCUGAUAUAUAUAUAUAUAUAUAUA